ACUUAACAAUUUAAGAGAAAACUGAUCACAGUAACCGAUCUUUGUUUUACUCUUAUUCAUUUCAUAAUGAGUUGUUAUUUUCUGAAACUAUUUUAUGCACUUUUGCUGCUUUUAUUGCAUGCUGCAGUAUCCAUUCUUGGAUUCAACAGCCUUCCCAAUAGCGCAGAAAUUAAGUGCAUUCAGACUGAGAGACAAACACUCCUCAACUUCAAACAUGGCCUCAUAGAUCGCUAUGGCAUUCUCUCUACAUGGAGUGACGAUGACAGUAACAGAGACUGUUGCAAAUGGAAAGGCAUUCUAUGCAACAAUCAUACUGGUCAUGUUGAGACGCUUCAUCUCCGUGGUCAGGAUACACAAUAUUUGAGAGGUUCAAUCAAUAUCUCUUCAUUGAUUGCCCUUGAAAAUAUUGAACACUUGGAUCUCAGCAAUAAUGAUUUUCAAGGGAGUCAUAUCCCAGAAAUCAUGGGCUCGUUCACCAAUUUAAGAUAUCUCAAUCUCUCUCAUUCUUUAUUUCGUGGGAGUAUUCCUUCUGAUAUUGGAAAGCUUACACAUUUACGGUAUCUGGAUCUAGGCAGUAAUGGAUAUCUUCGUGGACAAAUCCCUUAUCAACUUGGAAACCUUUCACAAUUACUGUAUCUGGAUCUAGGUCGCAAUAAAUAUCUCCAUGGACAACUCCCUUGUCAACUUGGAAACCUUACACAUUUACAAUAUCUUGAUCUAAGUUAUAAUGAUUUCCAAGGGGAACUCCCUUAUCAACUUGGAAAUCUCUCACAGUUGAGGUAUCUUGAUCUUGCGAGGGGCAAUUCAUUUUCGGGAGCACUCCCUUUCCAGGUUAGGAAUCUUCCUUUGUUGCACACUCUUGGACUUGGUGGCAAUUUUGAUGUCAAAUCUAAGGAUGCAGAGUGGUUGACUAAUCUUUCUUCUUUGACAAAACUUAAGCUAACUUCACUACGCAACCUUUCCUCUUCUCAUCAUUGGCUACAAAUGAUCAGCAAGAUUAUUCCAAACUUAAGAGAGUUGAGGCUAGUUGGUUGUUCUCUUUCAGAUACAAAUAUUCAAUCUCUGUUUCAUUCACCUUCCAACUUUUCCACUGCUCUUACCAUCCUUGAUCUUUCUUUAAAUAAGCUCACAUCCUCAACAUUUCAACUGUUGUCAAACUUUAGCCUUAAUCUUCAGGAGCUUUAUCUUUAUGAUAAUAACAUUGUUUUGUCAUCUCCUCUCUGCCUAAACUUUCCUUCUCUUGUUAUCCUUGACCUUUCCUAUUGUUCUCUUUCAGAUACAAAUAUUCAAUCUCUGUUUUAUUCACCUUCCAACUUUUCCACUGCUCUUACCAUCCUUGAUCUUUCUUCAAAUAAGCUCACAUCCUCAACAUUUCAACUGUUGUCAAACUUUCCUUCUCUUGUUAUCCUUGACCUUUCCUAUAAUAAUAUGACAUCAUCAGUCUUUCAAGGUGGUUUCAACUUCAGUUCAAAACUUCAAAAUCUUGAUUUGCAAAAUUGUAGUCUUACGGAUGGAAGUUUUCCUAUGUCAUCUUCUUUCAUUAUGCGUUCUUCAUCUUCUCUUGUUUCCCUUGAUCUCUCCUCAAAUCUUUUGAAAUCAUCAACUAUAUUUUACUGGCUCUUUAACUCCACCACCAAUCUUCAUAACCUUUUACUUAAUAAUAACAUGUUAGAAGGUCCCAUUCCAGAUGGAUUUGGGAAAGUAAUGAACUCUCUUGAAGUUCUUGAGCUCUACGGUAACAAACUGCAAGGCAAGAUUCCAUCUUUCUUUGGUAACAUGUGUGCAUUGCAGAGUUUAUACCUCUCAAAUAACAAGUUGAACGGGGAAUUCUCUAGCUUCUUCCGAAAUUCUUCAUGGUGCAACAGACACAUAUUUAGGAUGUUGCGUUUAUCUUAUAACCGGUUGACUGGCAUGUUACCUAAAAGCAUUGGAUUGCUAUCAGAGUUGGAGUAUCUUAACUUGGCUGGGAAUUCUUUGGAGGGUGACGUCACUGAAUCCCAUCUUUCUAAUUUUUCCAAAUUAAAAUACUUGCGCCUAUCAGAGUUGUCUCUGAAAUUUGUCCCGAGUUGGGUUCCUCCAUUCCAAUUAAUACAGUUGGGACUCCGUUCUUGCGAGUUGGGCCCCACUUUUCCUAGUUGGCUCAAGACUCAAAGUUCGUUGUAUGAGCUUGAUAUUUCUGAUAACGGGAUUAAUGACUCUGUACCAGACUGGUUUUGGAAUAAGUUGCAAAAUAUGAUAUUAUUAAAUAUGUCUCACAAUUAUCUCAUUAGUGCAAUUCCUAAUAUAUCAUUGAAGCUUCCUAACAGACCGUCUAUACUUCUGAAUUCCAAUCAGUUUGAGGGUAAAAUUCCGUCAUUUUUACUACAAGCUUCCGAGCUGAUGCUCUCUGAAAAUAAUUUUUCAGAUUUGUUUUCAUUCUUAUGUGACCAAGGCACAGCUUCAAAUUUGGGCACUUUAGAUGUGUCACACAAUCAAAUAAAGCGGCAACUGCCAGAUUGUUGGAAAUCAGUAAAGCAAUUACUGUUCCUUGAUUUAAGCAGCAAUAAAUUGUCAGGGAAGAUUCCUAUGUCCAUGGGCGCCCUUGUUAAUAUGGAAGCCUUGGUUUUACGAAACAAUAGUUUGAUGGGUGAGUUGCCUUCUUCUUUGAAGAAUUGCAGCAGUUUAUUUAUGCUGGACCUGAGUGAAAAUAUGUUGUCGGGUCCAAUACCAUCAUGGAUUGGAGAAAGUAUGCAUCAAUUGAUAAUCCUGAACAUGCGAGGAAAUCACCUCUCCGGAAAUCUACCCAUUCAUCUCUGUUAUUUGAAGCGUAUUCAAUUGUUGGAUCUUUCAAGGAAUAACUUGUCAAGAGGAAUUCCAACAUGCUUAAAGAAUUGGACUGCAAUGUCUGAACAGAGCAUCAACUCAAGUGACACUCUGUCUCAUAUAUAUUGGAAUAAUAACACUUACUUUGAAAUUUAUGGUCUUUACUCAUUCGGAGGUUAUACGCUUGACAUAACAUGGAUGUGGAAAGGUGUGGAACGGGGGUUCAAGAAUCCAGAGUUAGAGCUCAAGAGCAUUGAUCUUUCUAGUAACAAUUUAAUGGGUGAAAUACCAAAGGAGGUAGGAUAUUUGCUUGGGUUAGUUUCUUUGAAUCUAUCAAGAAACAAUUUGAGUGGAGAAAUUCCUUCUCAGAUUGGGAAUUUAAGUUCCCUUGAAUCAGUUGACUUGUCAAGAAAUCACAUCUCUGGGAGAAUUCCUUCUUCUCUUUCUGAAAUUGAUUAUUUGGGAAAAUUAGACUUGUCACACAACUCUCUUUCUGGAAGAAUCCCAUCAGGAAGACAUUUUGAAACCUUUGAAGCCUCUAGUUUUGAAGGAAACAUUGAUCUUUGUGGCGAACAACUUAACAAAACUUGUCCUGGGGAUGGAGAUCAGACAACAGCAGAGCAUCAAGAACCACCAGUCAAAGGUGAUGAUUCAGUUUUCUAUGAGGGAUUAUACAUGAGCUUGGGGAUUGGAUACUUCACUGGAUUUUGGGGCUUAUUAGGGCCAUUACUACUGUGGCGUCCUUGGAGAAUUGCCUACAUCAGAUUUCUGAACAGGUUAACAGACUAUGUAUAUGUAUGGUUAUGGUGAAUGUGGUGGGAAGUUUUGCUGAACGCUCCAAGGCAAAAAGAUGUGCUGCACGCUUCUGAUCAGAGAAGAAACCAUUGUUGGCAGCUACAAAUGCGAGAUAAUUCUUUAGUAUAGGAGUUUACAAUGUUUUGUAUUUAAGUAAUGAACUGCAAAAUCUUGUUUCCAGAAACUUAGUAUGCUAUUGUUGUAUUUAUUGUAUAAUAUAUUUGUAAUGCUGUUUGUUUUUCAUUAUUGUGCUUAGAUCUGUGAUAUCUAAAAUUUCACCACUUCAUAUUCAUCUUCAACAAUGCUUUCUA